GGUGGCCACGCUCGGGGGAGGCAGCGGGGUGGAGCUGGAGCUGUGCGGCCCCGUCCCCGUCCCGUGCGGGGGAGCGGCUCCUCGCAGCCUCGCUGCCCGGUCCCGACCGCUCCUGUCGCCGCGGCUCAUGAGGUGAAGAUGGUGAUCCGCGUCUUCGUCGCCUCCUCGUCGGGCUCGGUGGCGUUGUCUAGAAAUGCCAAACCAGAGAAGACUUCAGUCUUGCAGCUGGAAGGCUGAAGAUCAGAUAAAGAAGAGGCAGCAGGAUGUGGUGAGGUUUCUAGAAGCCAAUCGCAUAGAGUUUGAAGAAGUGGAUAUCACCAUGUCAGAGGAGAAGAGACAAUGGAUGUAUAAAAAUAUUCCUGAGGACAGGCAGCCUGCACAAGGCAAUCCACUGCCACCACAGAUAUUCAGUGAUGAUCGGUACUGUGGGAAUCAGGAGACCAAUUCUAAAUCAGUCUCAGACUGAUUCAGAAUCAGGAGACUUUCUGUGUAUUUAUUCUGGCUUACACAUUGUUGCUGACAAUUCACACUUCCUUGUGAUACAAACUGGUCAGAUCCAUUCCUGUUCCUCUAAAGGUAUGAGGGCUAGACAGUGCAAAGCAAAAUAAACAGGUACACUUUUUGUUUUGGUCAUGUUAUUUCAAUAGAAGUUCUCAAGAAUAUAAUAUCCAUGACUUAAUGUUAUCUUUGUAGCUAUACUGUUUUUUUCUGUGUUAGUAUUGGCAUUAAUAGUUUUGGGAUGUCUUUUCUCACUAUUUUCUCCUUAGUAAAAAGCCUCAGCAAUGUGCACAAAGGGUUUAUCUAAGACUAGAUUUUCCUGGCUAGGAUAUCACCAUUUGAAAUAAUCACUUUUCAGGAUGUAACUGCAGGCCAGAGUAAGUUUGUCAUGCGU